AUGGUGAAAUCAGAGCCAGAAGACUCUGUUUACAAAGAAGACAUCAAAGAAGAGAAGAGCGCGAAGUCUCCUCGUGAUCUGAUUUGGGAAUGCUUUCAGAAGGUGACCGAGGAAAAGAACAUUGGACAUUGGCUUGAUGAGACUUUCCGAGACCGAAGCCGAAUGAAGAAUGCCAUUGGGAGGGUGGCCAUGGACCGGGGAGGUGAUUUCAGGCCAGUACUCUCCCUGGCUCCAACCACCACUAUGAAUGAUUUUUGGCUGAGCUUGGACCAAUUGGAUUACUCAAUGGAUGCCAAACAUGGAAGUUCCCUGCCUUAA